ACAGUCAGUCAGCUCGCGCUAGCUGCUGGUCAGGGAGCCGGCUGGCUGGCGUUGGUUCCGACCGCAGACCAACUCGAGCCCGAGCCCGAGCCCGAGCCUGAGCCUGAGCCCAACCCUAGCCACGAGCUCCGCUUUGCUCCCGUCCCGUCCCCAUCGGCGCCGCGCCGUCGCCGGCACCGGCUCGGCCCUCCUCCUCGGCUCCCCGCUCGCUGCUCCGAUUUUGCCGCGCCCCGGCCGGCUUCGACCGGGAUGGCCGACAUGACCCUCCUGCCGGCCGCCGCCGCCGAGGCCGGAGGAGGAGGGGCCAAGAAGAAGAAGUCGCUCUACCUCGCCUUCUUCGACACCGCCGCCGACGGCCGCUCCCGCGCCUGCCGCCUCUGCGGCAAGACCUACUGCCUCACCACCGCCACCGGCAAUCUGGGGAAGCACCUCAACAGACGGCACCCGGGCUACGACCAGCUCGCCGCCGACCACCACCUGCCGGGCCACACUGCCCAGACCGCCGUCUCAGGCAUGUUUGUCAGGCACAAGAAGCCUCACGCCCCGGUGCGACCUCAGCCUCAGUCGCAGGCGCAGGUUCAGGUUCAGUCUGUUCAGGCUCAGGCCAAAGCACGGGCCGUCCGCGCUAAGCCUAGCGCGGCGAAGACGGCGGUGGACGUCGACUACGUCAACUGGUUGCUCCUCCGGUGGCUCAUCGGGUCCUCCUUGCCGGCCUCCACCCUCGAGGACACCGCGUUCGUCGACAGCUGCAGGUACCUGAACCCGUCCGUCAGGCUCUGGCCCAAGGAGAAGGCUCAGGAGAUCACCCUGCAGGUGUUCAAGAGCAUGAAGGAGGAUGUCAAGGCGUCUCUGCAGCGCGUCAGGUCCCGGAUGUCCGUCGCGCUCGAGUUUUGGACCUCGUACGAGCAGAUAGUGUACCUGUCUGUCAAGUGCCACUGGAUCGACGAGAGCUGGGUCUCGCAGAAAGCCCUGCUCGACGUGUGCCGGGUCCGGUACCACUGCACGGGGGCUGAGAUUCUGCGGGUUCUGCUGGCUGUCUUGCAGGAAUUUGACAUCGAUUCGAAAGUCCUUGCUUGCACGCAUAAUAACAGCCAGCAUGCCAUCGAUGCUUGUGAAGAGCUCAGGCGGGAGCUCGAGGCCCGUAAGCUCCCCUUCUGCUACAUCCCCUGUGCCGCAAAGGCGCUAGAGGUUAUCAUAGAAGAUGGCCUGCAAAAUGUGAAGCCUGUCUUGUCCAAGGCCCGCGAGUUCAUCCUCGAGACCAAGUCAAACCAGGAGUUGAUGGUGGAUUUUAAGCACUGGACUGAAGUUUACCAGGAAGGCCCGUGUAAAUUCCCACUUGAUCAUUCGGUGAGCUGGAACGGCAACUACAAUAUGCUUGACAUGGUGAAGAAGGCCCCUAAUGCGAUGGAUAACUCCGUCAAAAAGUUUCAAGACAUUUUUGGACCGAGGGGCUGGUUUCUGAGCCCCGAGGAGAAGUCAGUGGUCAAUUCAUUGCACUCAUACCUUGAGCCGUUCUAUAAAACCACGACCAACCUUUGUACUUGCAAAUUACCGACGAUUGGGCUGGUCUUCUUCUUCAUGGACCAUGUCUUCGAGUUGAUCAAUGUCUGCCAUAACAGCAGCCACCAGAAACUGUUUGAGAAAAUCGCCAGAGACAUGUCCAAGACAGCUCGUGACUUCACAUCUCAAGCUUACAACAUUUACACCUUCACGGCCGCAAUUCUUGAUCCGAGAAUCAAAGGAGAGCUCAUCCCUGAUGCCCUCAACUCCACCAGCAACUUGGAGGAUGCAAGGGACCAUUUCGUCAGAGACUACAGCAGCAUCUUCCAAGCUGCUGGAAAUGGCUACAUCACCCAACAAGACAACACCGAGGAUGGUGGCGCGUUCUCCUUCGCCGAGGAGAUUAUUCGUAAACGCCGCCGUGUCAGCAUGAGCACUGCCGCUGAUGAGCUCACUCAGUAUCUUGCGGAGCCCCUCGCCCCGAUUUCCACUGAUGCUCUUGAAUGGUGGAGGGGGCACUCCUCUCGUUACCCACGGCUCUCGUUGAUGGCCCGUGACUUUCUGGCAAUCCAAGGGACCUCGUUGGAUCCUGAAGAACUGUUCACAAGCAAAGGGGACAGUAUCCGCAAGCAGCGGUACUGCCUUCCUCUCAGUAGCAUGCAGGCUACGAUGUGUAUUAAAUCAUGGAUGCAAAGCGGGUAUCAGUUCAAUUUUCAGUCGACCAUUAUUGAUUUCGAGAGAUUGACCGAGUCUGCUACUGCUCCUGAUGCUGUAAACGGUCCGGAGUCUUCAUGAGGGGUAACUGGUCAGAAAUUCAGGAUCCUAGAUUAGUUUGUUGGCAUCUGUUUCAUUCACCAUAGGUUCUCAUCAUGUAAAUAGUUCAUCUAAGCUGCGAAUGCCAGUUUGUUGUAGUCUCUGCACAAAAUACCAUAGUCAGAAUUUUGGUGAGCAACCUGUGUCUUCAGAAUCAUGACAUGUAGUAAGAACCUUGAAGGUCAUGGUAAUCAAGAGCAACAAUGCAAUUCAGGUUUGUUUCCUGUGAAGAUGGCUUAAAUCCUUAAUACCACAAGGAAGAAUGAAAGAUACAUGUAAUUCUCUA